AUGUCUCAAAUUCAAACAUUAUCAGAUAUAGAAGUUGAAUUGGAGCAUGUAAGAAGCAAACUCGAUCACCUGAAAUUGGAGGCUAUAUCAAAAUCUGUAGACUAUUUAGCCUGUUCUACAAUAGUUGGUGAAGAUAAUGAAAAAAAUAUAGUCAAGUUUGACUUACAGAAUGAGAAUGUUUUCAUAUCUAAUAUAUCUAUGAUUAAUGAAUCUAACAAUAGUCUUAAACCAUAUUUUGAAUGCAAAAAAAAAAUAGAAGAUAUUGAAAAAAUCGAUGAUGAUGACAGAGACAUCCUUAUACCUAAGACACAUAUAAAUUCAGAUCCACAGAUUUUGGUAAGAGGAAUAGAAGAGAUGAAACCUAGUCUUGAGACAAGUAGUUUGGUGUCAUCACUAUCGACAUAUAUGUUACUUAUUUUGAUUAUUGUUGUUAUAUGA